UGUGUGUAGUGCAGAAGACUCAUACUGAGUGCUUCAUCCGCGGAUCUGGAAACGACAUAACUGACAUAAAAGCUGCUACUUCUUGUCUACAGUUGUGAGUGUCCAAACACGACGGAGGAGCAACAUCAACCUUUUAUUACUUCACGACCUACAGCGCCGAAUACUCAAUCGACAAAAUGGUCUACCAAUUCAUGGUCUUCGCAUCUCGCAAAGCAGGGAUUACGCACGAAUACUUCAAGCAACGCUACGAACGACACAUGAAAAUGAUCGAGGGGCUCUGCAAAGGCGCCGAACCAUCAUCGCACACGAGGUUCUACCCAAUUCACGACAGCAAUACAGGCAAACCGGUCCUGAUGGCGGGGAACGCAGACGAUAUCGACUACUCUACGAUUGUUCUCAUGGAGUUUCCGGACGAGGCUGCCUUUCAGAGAUUCUACCAAGCGCUGUUGACAGAGGAGGCAAACGAAAAAAUCAUCGCUGAUGAAGCUGGGUUCUGGGAGCGCAACGGCAUGAAGGCCUUUGCAGUGGAGAGCUGCAAGACCUGGGGCUCGUGAUGUACGAUUACAUAGACGGACACACCUAGAAGAAUCGGAUUGGUGGCGUACGAGGCAGUUUUAAUAAACCACGUAGGGCUUUAUCUGAUUUAUGCUUUCACAAACUUGGCGGAAAA